AUGUGGUUCCCCAGGGUUUUGGCUGCGUUGACAGCGCUGCUGUUGACCUGCAAUGCUACCAAUGACGGGCUUACGGAAGCAGUGUCAUGGGAUUCUUAUAGUUUGGUCAUUAAUGGCAAUAGGACGUUCAUUUUUGCUGCGGAGUUUCACUACCAAAGGGUCAGCCAGUUCCGUAUCAUUGCCCUAAAACGAGACUUUGGAAGCAUGUUUCACGGGCUCCUGAUGCCGGUUCCUGAAAUGUGGCUGGACAUUUUCCAUAAAUUCAAAGCCAAUGGAUUUAAUGCCAUCAGUGUUUACUACUUCUGGUCCUACCAUUCCCCUUCCAAAGGCGUUUACGACUUCGAGACUUCGGGAAAGAAUCUCCAACGAUUAUUUGACUAUGCAAAGGAAGCAGGCUUGUGGGUGAUUGUUCGAGCUGGCCCAUACUGUAAUGCCGAGACAAAUGGUGGAGGACUGGCCCUGUGGGGCUCAGAUGGAAGCUUGGGUAGUUUGCGGACAGGUGAUGAGACUUACCAUCAAGCGUGGCAGCCAUGGGUAGCCAAAAUUGGAGAGAUAGUUGCAAACAAUGAGAUUACGAGAGGAGGGACCGUCAUCUUGAACCAGGUCGAAAACGAACUUCAAGAAACUACCCAUUCCGCAAAUAAUACCCUAGUUGUCUACAUGGAGCAAUUGGAGACCGCGUUCCGAGCAGUAGGUGUUACUGUUCCACUUACACAUAAUGAAAAGGGGCAAAGGAGUAUGUCUUGGAGCACUGAUUACCAAGAUGUGGGAGGAUCUGUCAAUGUCUAUGGCUUGGAUAGCUACCCAGGUGGAUUAUCCUGCACAAAUCCUGAUAGCGGGUUUAAUGUCGUUCGAAACUACUACCAAUGGUUCUCAAACUAUUCUUACACUCAACCCGAAUACUUCCCGGAAUUUGAAGGAGGGUAUUUCACGCCUUGGGGUGGCAGCUUCUAUGAUGAUUGUGCUGCUGAGCAUGAUCCUGCAUUUGCGGAUGUUUAUUACAAAAAUAAUAUCGGGCAGAGAACAACUCUUAUGAGUCUAUAUAUGACGUGGGGAGGAACGAAUUGGGGACAUUCUGCGGCUCCGGUGGUAUAUACCUCCUAUGAUUACUCAGCCCCACUUCGAGAAACGAGGCAAAUACAGGAUAAGAUGUAUCAGGCGAAGCUGAUUGCAUUGUUCACAAGGGUUUCGACUGAUCUUUUGAAGACCGAAAUGAUUGGGAAUGGGACUGGUUAUGCUACUUCAUCCACGGACAUCUGGACUUGGGAGAUUCGAAAUCCCGAUACGAAUGCCGGAUUUUAUACGGUGCAGCAAGCCAAUUCGAGCUCUAGAGCUUCUGUGACCUUUUCAGCAAACCUCAAUACGUCCCAGGGAGUCAUCACGGUUCCAAAUAUCAAUCUCAACGGCCGUCAAAGCAAUAUUCUUGUCACUGAUUACAGUUUUGGACAAAACACCCUCCUGUAUUCAUCGGCUGAUGUCCUUACGUAUGGAGUUUUCGAUACCGAUGUUCUAGUACUGUACCUGGAAGAAGGACAGACUGGACAAUUUGCGCUCAAAGGAACCUCUGCCAAUAAUACGCAUACAGUUUUCGGGACGUCUGAAAUCGUAACCACUACUGAGGCUAGUAGUACUACCAUUGUCUACACACAAGGCUCUGGCAAAACCGUUCUGCAAUCGAAGGGAGUCUUGAUUUACCUGCUUGAACAGAAGGCAGCGUGGAAGUUCUGGGCACCUCCAAGGACUAAUAGGCCCGAUGUCAAACCUGGGGAGCAGAUUUUUGUGUUCGGCCCUUACUUGGUUCGAAAUGCGUAUGUCUCUCACGGUGUUGUGCAUGUUUCGGGAGACAACGACAAUGCUACAACCAUCGAGGUUUAUACUGGAAACCCUUAUAUCCAAACAAUCGAUUGGAAUGGGAUUCGGCUCGAUGCUACUAAGACACUAUACGGCUCAGUCACAGCUCAAAUCCCUGGUGCCGAGGACCGAACAAUCUCCUUACCAGCACUAGAAAAUUGGCGAGAUGCAGAUUCCCUGCCAGAGAAGCUCAAUGCGUACGAUGAUUCGAAAUGGACGGUCUGUGACAAAAACUCUACAUUGAGCCCUGUUGCCCCUUUGACCAAGCCCGUGUUGUUUUCCAGCGACUAUGGGUAUUACACGGGCGCGAAGGUUUAUCGUGGUUACUUUGAUGGGAAUUUUACGUCUGUGAACAUCACUUGCUCUGCUGGUCUUGCGUUCGGCUGGUCAGCUUGGCUCAAUGGUAUUCUCAUCGGGGGGAACGUAGGCAAUGCCUCCCUCGCAACCACGACAGCCGUCUUAGCGCUUCCACUCUCGUCUCUGCAGCCAAAAGACAACCUCAUAACAGUCGUAGUCGACUACCACGGCCACGACGAAACCUCCACCGCAAAAGGGGUUCAGAACCCGCGCGGGAUACUGGGUGCCUUUCUGAUCUCAAACAACACUACAAAUACAAGCACAACCACCGGUUUCAAACUCUGGAAAAUCCAAGGCAACGCCGGCGGAUCCGCAAACCUCGACCCCGUCCGCGGCCCCAUGAACGAAGGUGGUCUCUACGGCGAACGCACCGGCUGGCACCUCCCAAAUUUCAAGCCCACCUCCCCCAAAUUCAGCCGCUCCUCUCCUCUCACCGGCCUCAAUUCCUCCGGAAUACACUUCUACACCACGACCUUCCACCUGAACAUCGACUCCGACCUAGACGUACCCCUAGGCCUCGAACUCUCCGCUCCCGCGGGCACAGUAGCUAGAAUCAUGAUCUGGGUUAACGGGUACCAGUACGGGAAAUACGUGCCGCAUAUCGGGCCGCAGACUCGCUUUCCUGUGCCGCCUGGGGUGGUGAAUAACAGGGGGAUGAAUACGGUGGCGUUGAGUCUGUGGGCUAUGAGUGAUGAAGGCGCAUAUUUGGAUACGGUGCGGUUGAUUGAGUAUGGACGGUAUCAGACGGGGUUUGGGUUUGAUUCUGAUUGGGGGUAUUUGCAGCCAGGGUGGGAUGUGGGAAGGUUGGAGUAUGCGUGA